AUGGAUAAUGACAACUUUAAACCGCCAGACGAUGGGAAGCAGCAGCCAGAACAGAGUUCAAGUGUUGAGAACGUGCUUCAAUUGUUGGAUGGUCAAGUGGGCGAAACGGAAACCGAUCUGCCCAUCGACCUGGCGCCCAGUCUCAACAGUCUGCAGAACGCAUUGGAGCAUCUGAACUUUAGUGAGGCCAAGGCUUUGGUUGAGGAAAUGAUCGAGAGUUUACUGCCAGACCCUGGGCCCCUCAACGAAGGCAGCUCCUCAACAUUGACAUCUGUGGCAAAGCCAACCAUAGGCUAUGACGAUGAGCGACUGCAUCGCAUUCUACAUCUUCUCGAACGCUACACACGCAAUCUGGAGGUAAUUGAGGAGUUAUUGGUGAAAGCCAGAGAUAAAGCGGACACAUCUCUGCAGCAAACACAAAACAAUGAGCUGGCAACUCAGACAAUGCCACUACUUCAUACCAGAAGAUGCGACACCAUCCGUCCUCAGAGUGGUCGACGGAUUCAACAGCAACCCGUGCCCCAGCCGCAAUCACAGCAUUCGGAAAUAGUCCCGCCCUGUGAGCGUAGACAACACAUUAUCACGAUCAGUGGCACCAACUCCUCCCCCUUCGCAGCACGUCCACUGCCUCGCACAUUCAUGGGACGAAUCUGUCGCACUUUGGGCGAGUUUGCCGGAGCUUUCUGUCUGUGCUUGCAGGUCAACAGGGAUUGCAUAUUUUGUCUCGGCUUCUUCAUUGCGUUUGUGAUCAGUGCCAGUUUCUUGACUGCUUUCUUUUAUCGCACCAUCAACCUGACAACGUCGCCCAUCCGAGUGCCAAUUGAUGCCACUCCAAUGUCUUCGUCGGCCAGAGAUACGGUCUCACUGCGUUCAAAUGGUGGCUACUACUACAUCUAUAACAGCAAUCGACAGCAUUUUGUAUAAGAUUGGGAAUAAUCUUCAAAUAAUAAUAAAAUCGUGUAAAUAAAUGGUAA